AUGAUUGCCUUCCGCUCGGGAGCACGGACGCUCCGAAGACCGUCAGCGCCCGUACGUACCCACCGCACGUUCUCCUCGACCUCACAUACUUGCGAGAACCGCUACUAUCCACCACCAGAACCGUUUGCCAGCAGCAGCGCAAACGACACCAUAUCGAUCGAAUCAUCUCCCUUCUCCACUUUUGGUGCAUCGCCCGACCUGCUCACGCACUACCUCUCGCUCCAACCUGCUCCGCUUACGCUGCGCCAACUCAUGGCUCAGGGCCGAAGACCGGGCCAAGCACUCACACCGGAACAGCUGCUGCUCUCGGCCCAGCACACCCAUCGAGAGCUACCCAUUCGUCUAGCUAGGAGGGUAGGAGGCUUUCGUGCGCUCCCGUUCAUUGUUGGGAGCAAUCCGUUCAUCUCGAGAAUCGCGCGGCUGUAUGCUUCGAGUUUCGAAACGCUCGUCAAGUUUGGACAGAUCCAGACGCAGCAGGACAAUCAGCGGUUUACGGCUGUCAUCGAGGAUCUGGUCGCUGCACAUGCGCAAAACAUCCCAACGCUCGCGCGAGGGUUUCAAGAGGCGAGAAAGUAUAUGGACGCGCGUCAGAUAUCUGCCUUCCUCGAUGCUGCCAUCCAUUCUCGAAUUGCGAUCCGCAUGAUUGCCGAACAGCACCUGGCGCUCUCAGCUACAUUGAAUGACCCAUCCGCAACCAACAGCACCGAGAAUCACAACAGCCAGCACGAUCAACUGAAUCCGUUUGACCCGGAUCUGCCACCGGAAGGAACCAGCAAUCAAGGUCACCACGAGUAUGGCAGCCCCACCGCGGUGGGCAUCAUUGAAACGCAGCUGAGCCCUGCUCGCAUCACGCGCAUGUGUGCCGCUUUUGUGCGUGAUCUUUGCGAAGGAACGCUCGGCGCUGCACCGCAACUCAUCCUCGAGGGGGAUCUCGACGUCACCUACACCGGCGUGCCCGUGCAUCUGGAAUACGUCAUGACCGAGUUACUCAAGAACUCGUAUCGAGCGACCACGGAAAACUAUUUCAAAUCCCAAAACCAGUACUCGGCCUCCUCAUCUUCGCCCAACAGCAACAGCAAGAUGCCGCCCGUGAUUGUCACCAUCGCGCAAUCGGCCAACCACGUUUCGCUCCGCAUUCGCGAUCAAGGCGGAGGCAUUUCGCCGUCCAACCUUCCGCACGUGUUCAGCUAUGCCUUCACCACCGCCGGCGCAAGCGAGCUCGAGGAAGCAGAAGAGACCGGCGGUGGGCCGUAUGCCAUGCAGGCUGUCGGCGGGACGGGUGGACACGCGCUGGCCGAGAUGGGCAAGAUGGGUCUCGCCUCGGGCCUGGGCACGCUGGCUGGAUUAGGGUAUGGGCUGCCCAUGGCGAGGAUCUACGCAGAGUACUGGAAGAACGGCUCGGCGUUGGACUUGGUUUCGCUGUACGGCCAUGGUUGUGACACGUUUGUCAAGCUGCCCAGGCACAUUGAGCUGUCCAACACUGUCAUUUGA